UGUCAUGUCAUAUAUAUCUCAAAUCUAAUUCAAAAACCCGAAAUACAGGCAUAGUUCCUCGCCAUUCUUUUAGUCCUAUUCCGUUUAAAACUUCAAAUCCUUAAAAACUUACGGAACUGUCUUGUUUUUCUCAGCUUCAGUCCCUAUCAGAAAACCAAACCAAUAGAAAAGUUUCAUUGGAUCUUACACUUCAUACACUUUUUUUUUUUAAGUUGUGAAGUUUGGGGUUUUGUUAAUAAUGAUGGAGAGAGCAGAGUCAGGGCAGAAACUGUACACACGGAUGCGUUUAUGGGAAUUCCCAGAUCAAUAUGUGAUUGAACCAACUGAUGGAUCUUGUGGUUCUUCUUUGGCCGUCAAUAAGGCUGAUGGGUCAAUGAAUUUGAUUGAUGAAGUUCCUGAGUGUAGCUCAAUCAGGGUGCCUAAAAUUAGGAUCAUUUUUGGUGUCAUUGGGAUGCUAAAGCUUGUGGCAGGGUCGUACUUAAUAGUUAUUACAGAUCGUGAAUGUGUUGGAUCCUACUUAGGACAUCCUAUCUAUAAAGCUACAUCAUUGAAGAUUUUUCCUUGUGACCAAUCCGUUACAAAUUCUAACGCAGAACAGAAAAAGGUGGAGACUGAAUUCUCUGGGCUGCUUAACGUCGCAGAGAGGACUUCUGGUCUGUAUUUCUCAUAUGACUCCAAUUUAACGCUGAGUGCUCAGCGAUUGCAUGAUCUGGGUGAUGAGUCUAAAUUACUUCCUCUUUGGAGACAGGCAGAACCUAGGUUUCUGUGGAACAACUAUAUGUUGGAGGUUCUCAUAGACAACAAGCUUGAUCCAUACCUACUUCCUGUUGUCCAAGGCAGCUUCCAGAACUUUCAAGCAGCCAUUGGGAAAGAAAUUGUUGAUGUUACUCUGAUUGCUAGGAGAUGCACAAGGAGAAAUGGCACUCGCAUGUGGAGAAGAGGAGCUGAUUCUGAUGGGUAUGUUGCUAAUUUUGUGGAAACUGAGCAGAUUGUUCAGAUGAAUGGAUUCACAUCAUCAUUUGUUCAGGUUCGGGGUUCAAUUCCAUUUCUUUGGGAGCAAGUUGUUGAUUUGACAUACAAGCCCAAGUUUGAGAUUGUGAGACCUGAGGAGGCUCCUCGAGUGGUGGAGCGGCAUUUUCUGGAUUUGAGAAAAAAAUAUGGGAGUGUAUUAGCGGUUGAUCUUGUCAACAAGCAUGGAGGUGAGGGGCGCUUGAGCGAAAAAUAUGCAAAUGCAAUGCAUCGUGUCAUUAGUGAUGAUGUAAGAUAUCUGCACUUUGAUUUUCAUAAAAUCUGUGGGCAUGUUCACUUUGAGCACCUUUCAAUCCUCUACGACCAAAUUGUUGAUUUCCUUGAGAAAAACGUGUACCUUUUGUUGAAUGAAAAGGGUGAGAAAAUGAAAGAGCAAACUGGGGUUGUGAGGACCAACUGUAUUGAUUGCUUAGACCGUACAAAUGUUACCCAGAGCAUGAUAGGGCGAAGAAUGUUAGAAAUCCAACUUAGAAGGAUUGGUGUUUUUGGAGCUGAAGAAACUAUUAGCUCCCAUCCAAACUUUGACGAAAGCUAUAAAAUAUUAUGGGCUAAUCAUGGAGAUGAGAUAAGUAUUCAAUAUUCUGGCACUCCUGCUUUAAAAGGAGACUUUGUGAGAUUUGGCAAGCGGAGUAUCCAGGGGAUCCUUAAUGAUGGCUGGAACUCCCUUGCCCGUUAUUAUUUGAAUAACUUUUCUGAUGGCACAAAACAGGAUUCAAUCGAUCUCUUACAGGGACAUUAUAUUGUUUCUGUAAGCCGAGAGACAACCCCUCCAUCUCAAACAGGAGGCCUUGAGAGUGUAGCUUCUUUCCCAGUGGCUUUAGCAUUGGUCUUGAUUGGGUUCUUUUUGGCCCUGAUGUCACUUAGGCAAGUUCGGUAUGACCUCCGACACUUGUUCUUCUCAAUCAUGUGGGCUAGUCUUAGUGUUGCUAUUGGAGCAUUUGUGAAGGCAAAUGGACGGAUUUUCUGCCAACGGCCUCGUCUGAACAAGCCUCGAUCUUAAUUAUAGAUUCAGAAUGCUUACAGAAAUAUUUCUUAUCAGAUUUUCAGCUUGUUGCUUAUUGUUUUUUAUUCUUUGAAACAACUUUGGAUUCUUGUAUCCCACAUAUCAUAUCUAAAAUCUGAUGAUUCCAAUUCGAGUUUUUUGA